GGCACGGUAACAGCGCCGGUCUUGAUUGGCUGCCUGCCGCGCGUCCGAGGAGGCCUGGAACUUGCGCGCGGCGACUCGGCCGGUAGUGGCGAUGUCCGGCCGAUCCAAGCGGGAGUCUCGAGGUUCCACCCGUGGGAAGCGCGAGUCCGAGUCACGGGGCAGCUCGGGUCGCGUCAAGCGGGAGCGAGAUCGGGAGCGGGAGACCGAGGCGCCGAGCUCGCGGGGCAGCCCAGUGCGUGUGAAGCGGGAGGUGCAGUCGGCGAGCGCUCGGGAGGCCCUGGCGCCCAUCGUCCCCUCGGUGCGGGUGAAGCGGGAGCGUGAGGCGGACGAGGAAUCCGAACCUGAGCGGGAGGUGCGAGCAAAGAAUGGCCGUGUGGAUUCUGAGGACCGGAGGAGCCGCCACUGCCCAUACCUGGAUACCAUUAAUAGGAGUGUGCUGGACUUUGACUUUGAGAAACUGUGUUCCAUCUCCCUCUCGCACAUCAAUGCCUAUGCCUGUCUGGUGUGUGGCAAGUACUUUCAGGGCCGGGGCUUGAAGUCUCAUGCCUACAUUCACAGCGUCCAGUUUAGCCACCAUGUCUUCCUUAACCUCCACACCCUCAAGUUUUACUGCCUUCCAGACAACUAUGAGAUCAUUGAUUCUUCACUGGAGGACAUCACAUAUGUGUUGAAGCCCACUUUCACAAAGCAACAGAUCGCAAACUUGGACAAGCAAGCCAAAUUGUCCCGGGCAUAUGAUGGUACCACUUACCUGCCAGGUAUUGUGGGCCUGAAUAACAUAAAGGCCAACGACUAUGCCAAUGCUGUUCUUCAGGCUCUUUCUAAUGUUCCUCCUCUCCGAAACUAUUUCUUGGAAGAAGACAAUUAUAAGAACAUCAAGCGUCCUCCAGGGGAUAUCAUGUUCUUGUUGGUCCAGCGUUUUGGAGAGCUGAUGAGAAAGCUCUGGAAUCCUCGAAAUUUCAAGGCACAUGUUUCUCCCCAUGAGAUGCUUCAGGCUGUUGUCCUUUGCAGCAAGAAGACUUUUCAAAUCACCAAGCAAGGGGAUGGAGUUGACUUUUUGUCCUGGUUUCUGAAUGCUCUACACUCAGCUCUGGGGGGCACAAAGAAGAAAAAGAAGACUAUUGUGACUGACGUUUUCCAGGGGUCCAUGAGGAUCUUCACUAAAAAGCUUCCUCAUCCUGAUCUGCCAGCAGAAGAAAAAGAGCAGCUGCUUCAUAAUGACGAGUACCAGGAGACAAUGGUGGAGUCCACCUUUAUGUACCUGACGCUGGACCUUCCUACCGCCCCCCUCUACAAAGAUGAGAAGGAGCAGCUCAUUAUCCCCCAGGUGCCGCUCUUCAACAUCCUGGCCAAGUUCAAUGGCAUCACUGAGAAGGAAUAUAAGACUUACAAGGAGAACUUUCUGAAGCGCUUCCAGCUCACCAAGCUGCCUCCAUAUCUAAUCUUUUGUAUUAAGAGAUUCACUAAGAACAAUUUCUUUGUGGAGAAGAAUCCAACUAUUGUCAACUUCCCUAUAACAAAUGUGGAUCUGAGAGAGUAUUUGUCUGAGGAAGUACAAGCCGUACACAAGGACACUACCUACGACCUCAUCGCCAACAUUGUACAUGAUGGCAAGCCCUCCGAGGGCUCCUACCGGAUCCACGUGCUUCAUCAUGGGACAGGCAAAUGGUAUGAAUUGCAAGACCUCCAGGUGACUGACAUCCUUCCCCAGAUGAUCACGUUGUCAGAGGCUUACAUUCAGAUUUGGAAGAGGCGAGACAAUGAUGAAACCAACCAGCAGGGGGCUUGAAUGAGGAGUGUUUGGCUUUGCUCCUGGGGGCCGUGAAUGAGAAUACUGAAGCUGUAACCGAGCACAGGGCAACUGGCACAUUCCUAGGCCAGCCCAGUUUUUAUGGGUUCUGGUUCACACCAGAGCAUCAGAGGGGCCCUUCUAGCCACCUUCUGGCUUUGGCAGGCCAGAACACUUUUACAGAUGUAUGUAAUUUAUUUCUGAGUAGCUGGGAGUAUCUGAAGGACAAGAUAAUUUCCAAGCAUCAAAGCCUCAGGAUUCUAGGAAUAAACACGUGAAGCCAGUAACAUCCCCCUCCCAUUGUGGGUAGAUAGUUUUCCUGUGGGUCUCUUCAUUUCCUGAUGUGUUUUUGGAAUGGAUUAAAUAUUUUCCUGUUUUUAAA